AUUGAAAGUCAUCGUUGAACUUGCAACAGAUUAUAAGCUUGACAUUGAUAUUUCAGCGGACCUUAUUGCCAAACUCAUGUUUCAUAAAGAAAACCCAACACCACCUGAGCUUCAUUACUCUGUUGAAGCACCAAGCCCAUCAACAAAUGGUGGGUCUUCAGGUUCAACGGUGGGACUUCAAGUUCCUAAACGCGAGACUAAAGCCUUCGUGAACCCAUCAACAAAUGGUAGACGAGUCAGUGAAUUAAGAGAACUUGAGAAAUUGGAGCUGCCUACUUGA